GUGCUCCGAGGAAUUUUCAUCCAAAAUCCAGCUUGCCCAUCACAUGAAAAUGCACAAGGGGACGCAACUCGAAAUCCAUACGAAAGAUCGUUUUGAUUGCACUAUGUGCAACGAUAAGUUUUCGACAAAUGGUCAUUUUUGUGCACAUCAACCCACUCACAUAUUAGAUAAGCCGUCUAAGUGUACAGUUUGCAUCGACAACUUUGCAGAAGGUGACACACUUAGUAACAAAAAAUAUUCGGGGGCUGAAUGUCUUCAUCUUCUAACGAACACUGGCGAGAAGCCUUUUGAGUGUACUGUGUGCAACAAGAAAUUUUCGGAGAGUAGUAAGCUGCGCAGACAUUUCCUUACGCACACGGGAGUGAAGCCUUUUGAGUGCACUGUGUGCAACAAGAAAUUUUCAGUGUGCAGCAGUCUGCGCACACAUCUUCGAAUGCACACUGGAGAGAAGCCUUUCGAGUGUACUGUGUGCAACAAGAAAUUUUCGGAGAGCGGCAGUCUGCGUAAACAUCUCCUAACGCACACUGGAGAGAAGCCUUUCGAGUGUACUGUGUGCAACAGGAAAUUUUCGGAGAGUGGCAGUCUGCGUAAACAUCUCCGAACGCACACUGGAGAGAAGCCUUUUGAGUGUACUGUGUGCAACAAGAAAUUUCCGGUGAGCGGCAGUCUGCGUGUACAUCUACGAACGCACACGGGAGUGAAGCGUUUUGAGUGUACUGUGUGCAACAAGAAAUUUGCGGAGAGUGGUAAUCUGCGUAAACAUCUCCUAACGCACACUGGAGAGAAGCCUUUUGAGUGUACUGUGUGCAACAAGAAAUUUCCGGUGGGCAGCAGUCUGCGUAAACAUCUCCGAACGCACACUGGAGAGAAGCCUUUUGAGUGUACUGUGUGCAACAAGAAAUUUUCGCAGCGCAGCAGUCUGCGUGUACAUCUACGAACGCACACGGGAGUGAAGCCUUUUGAGUGUACUGUGUGCAAAAAGAAAUUUUCA